CUUUCAAAAUUCACCCGCAUGAACCACCCCUUAUAUCUAUAUUAUUAAUUACAUAGCAUGAUAUUAUUGAGAUCUCCACCUAGAAGCUACCUCUCUCCUUCUACUUCAACCACACCCUUUUAUAUAUACUUCAUUCCUUCCAUUCCCUCACUCUCACGCUCUUCAAUUCUCCACCAACCCUAUCAUUCCAUUCAGUACUUUUCUCAUCUCUCUUUAUAUAGCUUAUCAAUAACAAUCAUCAUCUUAGUCUCAUUGCAAUCCUUUGCUAUUCCAAAUAAAUUGCAGUCAAAUACAUGCAAUUUUAAUUGAAUUUUUUAUAGAAUUGCAAUAACACAAUCAAAUAAUACAACUGAUACAAUAGUAAUUGAAAUCUUGAGAGAUUGGUCUCUCAAUUUCAAAGCCACACAACAAACACCAACUAUAUAUUAUUUACCUCCUUUUGAAAAAUGAGUAUGGAGGUGCAACUAAGAAGGUUCAACUCAACGGAAAGAAGACCAAGAAUGUUAAAAGAUUUUCUGAGCGAGAAUCUAAACUCAUGUUCCUCAAGUGGAUUCAAAUCACUUCCUAGAAGAACAAUACCAAACGACGUCGUCACACUCACACCAAAUGCAAAAUCAACAACAUUUCAAACACUCAUAAAAACCAUCAGAAACAACGUCUCAUUCUUCAAAAUUACCAAAUCACCCUCGUCAAUGCUUUCACUACCACGAAGCCUCUCACGAAAAUUAUCAUCAAACAAGAGAAGAAGAAACAAAACGUGCAAAGGAGAAAGCGCAAUUGAAAUCCAAAUCAGUACGGUUAAGAUUAAAGAUAUCAUACGGUGGAAAUCGUUUCGAGAUUUGCAAAUUUCUGUUGUUCCGUCACCGCCGUUAGAUUUUCACCGUUAUGUGACGGAAUCGUCUACGGUUACUACUGUAACGACUUGUAGUAGUAGUAGUAGUGCCGGCGGGUCUAGCUGGAGUGACGGUGAUUUUUUAACUGAUUCGUGGGACGCACAAAACGAUGUCGUUGAAGUGGGUAAAAAGAAUUCGUUUUCAUCCGUUUUCGUCGGCGAGGAUUUGGUGGCGCCGUUCGUUGGGACCAAGGAAGAAUUGAUUUGCCAAGAUGAACAGCAUAGUCCAGUUUCAGUUCUUCAGGUUGCAGAAAAUGAAUUUUCACUCUUUGACCAAAGUCUUGCCAAUAUUGAAAGAAGAAAACAAAAAAUCAGACAAACUGCUGAUAAAUUUGAGAGCCUUGCAAAAUUUGACCUUGCAAUUGCAAGCUUAGAUGGAUGUCUCUCAUUGGAUGAGAAUUCAUACUAUGAUGAAGAAUAUAAAGAUUAUGAUAAGGAAAAGGAGGAAGACCAAAAAGCUAAGAAACAAGAUUGGGUUGAGGAAAGGGCAAAUCAAUUGCUAGAUUGUAUUGAAGCAACAAGUUCAUCACUUCAAAAUUGUGAUGACAAUUUAGGUACAGUUCUGUUGGAUUUUUUCAGGGAAGAAUUAAGUGGUAAUAGAAAUCAAAACAGGAAUGAUGGGGGGUUUGAGUUGGAGAUAUUGAAAAUAGCUGAGGAUUGGAUAAAUGGGUCAUUUGCUAAUUCUUAUGAUAUUGUGCAUGUUAAUAAAGAUGCUUAUAUCAAAGACAUGGAUAGGAGAGGUGGGUGGAGAAGGAUUGAAGAGGUUCAAGAAGAUUUGGUUUUGGAGAUUGAGGCAGCUAUAUUGCAUAGUUUGAUUAAUGAUAUUUUGGACAUGGAUGGUUAAUGGUUUCUCUUUCAAAAGUUCAGAGGCAUGUUUGGAUUCGCGGCAAAUCUGACAAAGUCACAGUUUAUUAUCGUGAUUUUGGCAAAAGCUGCGCACUUUGGAGCUUCAACGAAAUCAUUAUGCUACUGUGAUUUUGUCAAACCUGUGAUUCCAAUAUUUGGGCCUUUUGCCUCUCUUCUCAAACAGAAAUGCUCUGACUUUACUGCAUUGUCGCACUGGAAAGCCCAAGAAUGUCUUUUCCAUUGGCACCCACUGAUAUAAGUUUUGCUCCAUUCUGUACUGGAUUUGUAUUCUCUGGUCCCUACAUUUAGGCAAAUAUAAAGGGUUUCUCUCUCUUGAUUGUACCCAUCAAAUUUCAAGCCAACCACAGAGUUUGCCUAAAUGCAAAGGAAAUGCAAGAAAACAAGUUUGGAUAAUUUUGAAUCCAUGAUGGACCACUUCCUCUUCAAAAUUGAUUUAUACAAUAUAUAUCAAUAGUUAUCAAAAGUUGGUUUAUUGUGGACUAAAAUUAAUUUGGACCAAGUUCUAGCCAUCCUAUGAGACCCUCACCAAGUGCACAUGGAUGGCCUACUAUGUGGUAAUUUGGGAUACAAGUCAUAGUUCUUGAAUGAAAGGGUGACAAGAGAAGCUAUAUAGGGGGCUGUAAUGGGUACCUAAUGUGUAAUGGGUACCUAAUGUGUAAUGGGUACCUAUGUAACUAUGUUUAGUUGAUGACUUACGAUCUUUUUAGUGUAGUAAAUUAAUUGAUAGAUCUCAAAGCAUAGCUCAUGCCAUCUUUUGUAAUAGUGCAGCUACUUUGGAAGUAAUGUAAAGAAGUUAAUAAAUAUUCCUUUUAGACAUCUCUUUUCCUGCUAA